AUGACAAAGAGUUCUUUUGUAGAUGUUACAGAUUGUUUAACUACUGGAAUAGAAGUUGCUCAAAGUGUUUCUUCGAUUAGCACUAGUUUAGAUAUAGCCAAACAGACACUUGGUGUAGUUGAUGCAGUUGGUGAAGUUAUUAAACCGUUUGUUCCACUGAUGGGCAUUGUAACUGUUUUGGUGGGAGAGAUAAUCCAAGUUUAUGAAAAUGCUCAAUAUAAUAAAAAAAUUUGCAUUGCUUUUGUUGAUCGGGUAGAAGCUGCUCAAUUAUCUGUUAAAGCUUUACAACGAAGAAAAGAAGAACAUGUAAAGACAUUUCAAAAUGAGAUAUAUUAUAAAAAUUUUAUACGUUUUACUGAGGUUUUGAGAAAAGUAAAAGAAUUUCUUGAAAAAGUAUCUCAUCUUCAUGGAUUUAAAAGAUUUAUUAAUACAAAUAAUGUUAAAGAAAAAUUUGAAUCACUUGCCAAAGAAUUUGAUGGUGUUAUAAAUGAUUUACAUUUCACAAUAACUGUGUCUGCUCAGAGUCAAAGUGAAAUUGAUCAAAAAAGUUUAAAGGAAGAUCUUAGUGAGAUGACCAAG